AUGCCAAACGGACUGCCGCGCCUGCGGGCUUUCUUCACCAAUUGGGUGAGGAAUGGCGCAACGAGCGUAAAGGAGCAAUCCGUGCAGGUGAGGCAGAUCACCCAAAGCGCAAGGAGCAACGGCAGAGCCAAGGCAACGGCAGCCACAGGAGGGACGAUGCUACUAAUCUCCCCUAUCAUGUUCGAAGCAAAGCACAAAGAGGAAGAAAACAACCCCAAAACGGAGUACAUAUUCAUGGCAGGAAAGACGAUCGACUUUUUAACUCAAAAAAUUUUCGAAAAUGAAUUCGGCACCUCCAUCCUUUACCUAUCCUUCUUCGUUGCCUACCUGGCCCUCCUUGCACACGACAAUAAGGUUAACCUCCUCGUGCAGAAACUCAAAUUUAAGUACGCGAAUAAUAUGUUUACCAUUGGCCACCCCAAUUAUUCAAAAUAUUUAGGUAAGCUCAGGGCACCUAAGAAGGCACCUAGGUAG